CUACCUACCCUGAUCGACUCGUGGACGGCGCAGUUUGUGACAUUGUUAUCUUGUACCAGUUAAAAACAUGAGUAUACUCAAUCGCCUUAAGCCGCUACUAUCAUCUGUAGUUAAACAAUGUAUUUUACCGGAACAAACAGUGUUUUUACGAAGUGUCUGUACAUCACCUGUAAGUCGGAGUCAUCGGUUCACAACACAUUCGUCCACAUGUCAGAGUCGGUAUAAUGUUUUCACUUGUACGUUUUCACCUGCAAUUACCAAAAGAUGCUAUUCAGAGCUGUAUAAUGAAAAUGACAAGUAUGUAAAGAGCACGAGUGGUGCGAUUCAAGAGGAAUUACAGGAGGUGGAGGUCGAAUUCAGUGACGAUGAUCCACGAAGUCAAAGAUCUUCUAAGGCUUUCACUCUCGAUGUACUAGUGUCUCUACUACAGCAGGAAAAUGCAGUGGAUAUCUGCGUGAUUAAAGUGCCAGAGCAAAUCAAAUAUGCAGAAUACUUUGUUGUUGUCAGUGGCCUUUCAACAAGACACCUCCGGGCAAUGGCACUUUAUGCCAUCAAAGUGUAUAAAUUUCUGAAGAAAGAUCAACAUUCUCAUGUCAAGAUUGAAGGAAAGGAUACAGACGACUGGUUGUGUAUUGACUUUGGCAGUAUGGUUGUUCACUUCAUGCUCCCAGAAACCAGAGAAGUGUAUGAACUGGAGAAACUGUGGACGCUCCGCAGCUACGAUGAGCAGCUGAAGAACAUGCCAGCUGAGACCUUACCAGAAGACUUUAUAUACGAUACUGAAGUUACAAAGUGACAAUAAAAGACAACUUGUUUAGGAAUUAUACGGAUAUCCUUUUGAAUAAUACAAUAAACAAAACAUGUUUUUGAUUCAGUCAAUCUUCAUUUGAGAAAGGGACAGUGUGUAUUCAACAACCACAAAAUGUAAAUAUACUUGAGUUGGCUGCAAAGUUUGUUUUUAAUGUGAAAUUUUCCCUAUGCCUGAUAUAAUUGGGUACCCACUAAUAAUUAAAAAUUAAAAUCAAAUAUCUUGUACAUGUCAUAAUACAUUUUUUCAAUGGGUAACGUCAUUGCAUUGGGGAAAGGAUUACAUAAUUAGAUUUUAAGUCAGUGCUGCAUGUUUAGACACCUUAUUUAGUUUUGUCAUAUUUAACUGUUUGUGUGCUUCAAUGAUAUUGUAUUGAAUUGUAGAAUGCAUAUUAAAAAGAAAUGUAUAUUUUAACAACAUUGAAGUCUUACUUUUCCU